UUUCCUGCCCAAUGACAACUGGUACAACCAAUCUGGUUCAGACCUCGAGAUUUCGAAAGCCUAAAGCCUUGCGGUGAGAGAGCGAGCAUAAACGAGAAUACACACUAAAGGAAGGCAUUCACACAAACACACACACACACACACACACACACACGGAUUUGAAGCUUGGGGACAGACACACGUUUACAAUGGUUUUGGAGCCUCGUGGAGAACCGAGCGGUGAAGAGGAACACAUAGAUGUGUGCGAGGACGAAAGAACAGAGCAGAAGAAUCCGGUGAACCAGUUCAAUCGAGAAAUGACGAGUUCAGAACUGACCAAUGGGAGCGCAGAGGAGGUGAAGCCCGGCCAAUCAGAGAGCGAGGAGAGGGCGUUUGUUGCAAACCUGAAGCAGUUUAUGAUUGACAGAGGCACGCCCAUCGAGAGAAUACCUCAUCUCGGCUUUAAACAGAUUGACCUGUGGAAAAUCUACAAGGCUGUGGAGAUACUCGGAGGCUAUGAGUCGGUGACGACUCGUCGCUUGUGGAAGAAUGUGUAUGAUGAGUUGGGCGGUAGUCCGGGUAGCACCAGUGCUGCCACCUGCACUCGGAGACAUUACGAAAGGUUGGUUCUACCUUACGAAAGGCAUCGGAGGGGAGAGGAAGACAAGCCACUUCCUCCAUCGAAACCUCGUAAACCGUACAAGAGGAGUGAAGACGGCAAGGGCAAAAGCGAGAGCAAGAAAAGACGGAGGGCAGAUGGAGACGACCCGGAGGAAAUCCUGAGAGGUGGUCAUCCCUGUGAGAGAGGAGUGUGUUCUCACUCUGGACACUCAUGGCCAGUUAAGCAUUCGGACAGUGACCAGAUCUCACCUCAAGACAUGUGCCUCAGAGAAAAGCCUCUUCUUCAGCCACUAGUCCCUGCUCUCGUUAUUUCCCCUCUGGAGAAGAAGAAGCGUAUGGCACAGGCGAGCUUGAAUGUGGUGCCUUCUACUGGCCUGGAGGAUGGAAGUGAGCCUGAGAGACCCUCUGUAAUUCACCUGUCUCAUUCAUCUACACCUUCUGGACGUGUAAGCCACGCUUCUGACGGGUCACCCCUGCCUCUGUCCUCUCCCUCGUCCUCGCGGAGCCCUUCCCCCUUUUCCGUUUCCUCAGAGGACUGUGUCGCGGUGCCGAUCCAGAAGACGACAGCUCCAGAAACUGAGAAGCAGAAGCCAGCACGCUUUGGGCCCUUGCCUGAAUCUGGAGUACGUGUGUGCCAGCCGUUACCCCUCGCCCAUAAUCAAUGUCCCAAAGACAUGUCCUUUCUGUCUCUGCCACGCCUAGGUUAUCAAAACUUCUUAAAUGUCACAUCUAUACAUCCAGACAAAACCCAGAGACACCCCGGGCUCCGGAACCCCAUCCACGCGUCUCUAGGCUCGGCUCGCUGGGUGCCCACUGACUCGAGUUUCACCAAGGUCAUCCCUCGAUCCUGCGAUCCCUGGAGACCCAUAUCAUUACAGCCUCUCUACAAACCCCAGACCCCCAAUUCCAAGAGGCCGAAUAGCACCGAGGCCUACGUAAAGAAGACUCAAUCACCUCUACGCUUCCUGGAUCGAAAAGACAAAUCCAAGAUGGUGGUCCCCAAGCCAGUGCCGACUCAACAGUACCUGGUUAACCAGACCGGGUUGCCCACCUUGCCGUACUUGUUUUCAGGUUUCGAGACACAAAGGCCUGAAAUGAUGGAACAGAUGAAAGCUUUACCUGUUCCUCCUGUCAUGAUCCCCGCUCAUCUCAACAUUUCUUCAUCCCAGACACAUCCCACACAUCACCUGCAAAUUCCUUUCCACAGGCCAUAUGACCCCACGCUGCGUCCGUACCCGUUCUCAGUCCCGGUCUGGCAUACCCCCACCGGGUACAGCAUGGCAACGCUGCAGCCAUAUUAACCUCAACUGUUCUUUUCUGCUUUCCGGAGAGAAUGGAUAGUGCUUGAAGUGGUUUUUGGUCACAAUAAUGUAGCUUUAUGUUUGGCAUAAGACAAAUCUCAGUGACGUGAUUCACGAAGGUAACUUCUGAUAGUCACUCAGCCUCAAUAAGACAUUUUACUUCACUUUGAUGACUUGAAUUUCUUGACAAAUGUUCUUUUAUUGGUUUAAACUGAUUUUUUACUCACAUCAGCACAUUAUCUCGUCAUGACUUGUGGGUUGAAAUGGAAGGUAGUGUUUCAGAAGGAAGGUACUAUUAUCUUAUUAAAGAACAGUAUGUAUUUCUCUCUCUCUCUCUAUCGCUCUCUUUCUUUCUCUCCUAAAAAAUAAUUUUAAGCACUGGAUAAGAGAAACAUAUGAUACUAAUCUAUUAGAAAUGAGAAUUAAAUGGUAGUACUUAGACGAUAACAAACAACAGUAUUUGCAAUCCAUUAUUUCGCACUACUGACCGAAUCGCUCUGUUUUAAUUCACAAAGUAUUGUGUUUGUUAGCGUGUAUAUUUACUGUGUACAGAACUUUUUUUCCUUAUUAAAUAAAUUUUGUACUUUGUAAGAAA